UCCUGUGCUGCAUUAUGAUUCACCUCCUGUGCUGCAGGCUUCGGGACUCCAUCCAUCGGUAUAGUCUAUACGGAGUAGCACCAGCACAUUUGUCUUUUACACCUGCAACACCAAAAAAAAAAAAAAAAAGAAGAAAAAAAAAACCUGGCUGAUUUACCAUUUGAGCACUUGCACAGAGCACAUCAUAAUAGUAACAUACCUAUAUUAUUUCAAGGUUAAACAGUGCUCUAACCUUGGUGAUGAAAUUAGGCGCAGUGCUCACAAACAACGCAAGUGGUACUGUCUUCGUUUUCCACGACUUAUAAAUAUACCUUUGCUUAUUAAGAACAACACAACAAAAAGAUGCAGCUGCUGCUUUUACAUCAUCGAUAACAGAACUACGAAGAAAACAUAAAGGCAGAAUAAAAAGGGCUUCAAUAUCGCCAUUUCCACAAAGAAAAAUAAAGCAGCAACAUUAAUACAUCAUUAUGGACUCAGAGUAUCCUGGCUUUGAAAUUCCGCUGUACACCGAGCUGAAGUACUUCUGUAAAAAGGCGCACGAAGCCUAUAAACAAUUAAAGGAGGACCUAACACCGGAUAGAGAUGAUCGAUAUUACAGGCUGGCGCCGAUGCGGCUGUACACUCUCUCCAAGCGACACUUUGUCCUUGUUUUUGUCAUUUUCUUCAUCUGCUUUGGGAUAACAGUUUUCAUUGGUAUAGCAGGCCCUAAAAUCAUUGACAAGUCAACAUUUAGUGGGUCCAAGCUGUCAAUACUGAGCAACACUUCAAAGACUGGUCCAUUUCAGCUGACGUCGCCAGCAUUGUCGACAUAUAAUCAGCAGCUAUGGCUGACUUGUCAAAUAGAGCUGAUUCAGGUUGAUGAUAUGGAUUUUCAUAAAGAGUUUGAUAUGAGCGUUGAGAUAAAAGGUAUAAUACAGAAUGCUAGUGUGAUGCACAUCCGUGACAACGUUUAUAAUCGUAGCAGGUUACUUCACUGUGGUGCUAAUUGUGAGGAAAUCAUUGUGGUACACCUUGGGUAUCUAAAUUAUACAAGGUAUCAGAUAAACGUUAACUUAGCGAAACUCCAGACAAUGAAAUACGAAAUUAAGGAGGUAUAUUUCACGUGGAAGAUGUACAAUCCCUCAUUUUCUCAAGUUGAAAUUUGGUUUCGGUUUGUUUUCGUGGUCUUCACAUUUAUGGUCACAUGCUUGUUUGCGCACUCCCUCCGAAAGUUCUCCAUGAGAGACUGGGGAAUCGAACAGAAAUGGAUGUCUAUCCUGUUACCACUGCUGCUGCUUUAUAACGAUCCAUUCUUCCCUCUCUCAUUCCUGAUGAACAGCUGGUUUCCAGGGAUGCUGGAUGAUCUUUUCCAGGCUGUAUUCCUGUGUGCCCUUUUACUAUUCUGGCUCUGUGUCUACCACGGAUUUCGGGUUCAGGGAGAACGGAAGUGUUUAACAUUCUAUAUGCCCAAGCUUUUUAUUGUUGGCCUUCUUUGGUUAUCUGCUGUAACACUAGGGAUAUGGCAAACAGUGAAUGAGCUGCACGACCCAACCUACCAAUUCAAAGUAGACACUGGCAAUUUCCAGGGAAUGAAGGUUUUCUUUCUGAUUGUGGUCUCCUUGUAUAUUUUAUAUCUCAUCUUCUUGAUUGUAAGAGCCUGCUCAGAGUUGAAAAAUAUGCCAUAUAUUGAUCUUAGAUUGAAGUUUUUGACUGCAUUGACAUUUGUUGUGCUGGUUAUCAGCAUUGCUAUACUCUACCUGAGGUUUGGAGCAAAGGUUUUGCAAGAUAACUUUGUAUCUGAGCUGUCAACCAACUAUCAAAACUCGGCCGAAUUUUUAUCCUUCUAUGGUUUAUUGAACUUUUACCUCUACACGUUGGCCUUUGUGUACUCUCCUUCGAAAAAUGCUCUAUAUAAUUCCCAGUUGAAGGACAAUCCAGCCUUUAGUAUGCUGAAUGACUCGGACGACGAGGUUAUUUAUGGGAGUGACUAUGAAGAAAUGCCCCUACAAAAUGGACGUGCAGUAAAAGCUAGUACCAAGUACGAAGAUGAGACAGACAGCGACUGAGCAUUCUCAUUAUUUCAAUGAAACUGUUUGUGUAACUGUUAAGCUUUGGUAGCAAACUAAAACCAUAAGUAUAAAUAUUACGUGUACUACUGAAUUGCAUUUUAUUUAAAAGUAUGGGGGAUGGUGAUAUUUUUUUAAAAUUAUUAUUUAGAAAUCAAAUGCCACUUAACAAGGAACAGUUAGUUAUAAUUGUACUGCUGCCCGGGAGAUUGGUGAUUGAUUUUGCUACCAAACAUUAACUUCAGUCACAACACGAUACAAGGAGAGGUAGUUAAGAUUUGACCUACUGAAAAAAAUUAUUUUUUUUUGUAUAAUAAGAAACCCCUUUAAUUUGAGGUAAAUAUACAUUUUGUUCAUCAUAAUGUAUAAAAAUAUCUAGCUGAAAAAAACAUUAUGUAUUUACGUUAAAAUCAUAUUUUUAUUUUUGAAGAAGUGCAUUGUGUUUUUUUUUUAAUUUUUCUUUAUGAUUUAUAGGUGUAUUAUUUUAAGUUGGCCAAGUUUUACUCAGAACUUAACAGGGAAAGGAAUGGAAGUGUUUUAUGAAAGAAUUGCCCUUCUACAGUUGAUGUAAAUCUUUACACACCUGUUUACAUCAUUAUUUGUAGCAUUUUUUAUAGCUUUAAAUUGCACGUUUUGAUAUAUUCAUGCUUUGAUUCCCUGAUUUCUCUAACGGUGUUCUUUAUAUUUCUGAGGUAACCAGGGAAGUACAGUGUUUCCCAAUUCAUAAUUAUUUU